CAAAAGCGUUUCCAAAAUGGAGUAGCCUAAUGUGAUAAGAGUUGUACAUUGAUAUUUUUCAUACAUUUUUUGUGACUACACGAGAAGUUAAUUACGAAAACAUAUACGUAUUUACGUUACUUCAGAUUUCAAAGCGCUUUGGUAGCUACAAGUUUGGUCGCUUUGUCUGCUUGUGACCUUCCCACCUAGUGAGAAGAACUGAGCUGUGUCCAUUCUGCUUCAGCUUGUGAUGGUACACUAAGUGACCAUGUCAGAUCUGGAAGUGGUCGAAGUUCGAUCGACUGAAACAAGAAGCGAUUCAUCAGAGGAGGAGGGAGAAUUCAUGUCACCAAAGCCUGACGGCGAGGAAACUUUACGUGCUGCUGCUUCACGCAGGAUCGAGGAAGCUGAAAUGGACACUGUGAUGGAAGAUGCACUCCUUAUUAAGCCGCCACAAGCUCAUGCGGCACAGCGCAAAUCUAAGAAGAAGGACCGGGACAGGCAUAGAGAUGAUUCAAAGCACAGAGAUCGCGACAGGCGGAAGCACAAAGACCGAGAUCGAAAUAGGGACAAGGAUCGCACCGAGGAGAGGCGGCAUCGCGAGCGGGAGGACUUCCGGGAGAAGAAGGAGAGGGCGCGCAAAGAGGAAGGUCGCGAGGAGAAGGGCGAGUCUGCAAAGGAUGAAGAGCGGCGGCUAAAGAAUGAUCAGAAGAUUGACCGACGGUCAAAGGACGAGCUGCGAAGCGAGAAGGACAAGCGAUCAAAAGACAGGAGGGAGAAGGAUAGAGAUGACAGAAAAAGGCUGCGCGGACUUGAGGAGUUGAAUUCUCGCAGGGAGAGAGAGGAAUCUUUGCACGAAAGGGAAAGGCUGGAGAGGUUAGAGCGCGAACAAAGAAUGCGGGAGAGGCUGCUGAGAGCUGAACGCGAGAGAAGGCGGGAGCAAGAACAAGAAAAGAGACAGCGAAACAAGAAAAGGAGAGAGGAGAAAGUGAGCAGGGAGCGGGAGGACGAGGACGACAUUCGGAACAGGAGUCGAAGCCACAGCCGAGAGCGCGAGCAGAGGAGAGAUGCAGAGCAAGGUGUGGGAUGUGAGAGCGACGCCACAGGAGGCAUGCCGUCAUCCUCUCCGGAGAAGAUGAUCGAGAUUUUCGACUCUCCAGAGAGAAGUCCAACACCGCUCGGUGAUGAGGUUGGAGACCAUGUUGACGACGCAGGCUCGGAAGAUGGCGAGUUGCCCCAAGAUCAAUACAUGGAAGUCGUGGAGGGCAUGAGCGAGCAGGAUGAGCAGCCGAAAAAGCGGCGGCGGAAGAAGAAGAAGCACAGGGAGCCGAGCGAUGCUGAGGCGGAGGAGGAGGUGCAGCCGGUUAGCGUCAGCGAGGAGGAUGCUGCCAGGGAGUCUGAGGGUGAGACGAGUGAUGCCAGCACCAACACAGAUUCCUCCGACAGCGACAGUGAUUCAAGUGGAGAGAGCAAGGUCAGUGAGGCCGAGAAGAAAGGAAGUGAGAAGGAGGCCUCACCCAGGUCUAGUGCAGGUGCCGAGGUCGCACAUAAGUUCUACACGGAUGAGUCGGAGGGCAGCCUGUCGCUGUCCGACAGGGAGGAUGACGACGACCAACAGGACGUGCUCGAGGCGGAGACGCCACCGCCGUCGCCCGUUGAACUUCGACCUGAGCUUCCCGACUACUACCCUGCGAUACAGGGUUGUCGGAGCGUCGAAGAGUUCAACUGUCUGAAUCGCAUCGAGGAGGGCACGUACGGCGUCGUGUACCGCGCCCGCGACAAGAAGACCGAAGAGAUAGUCGCGCUCAAGCGGCUCAAGAUGGAGAAGGAGAAGGAGGGCUUCCCGAUCACGUCGCUGCGUGAGAUCAACACGCUGCUGAAGGCUCAGCACUCCAACAUUGUCACCGUCAGGGAGAUUGUCGUCGGUAGCAACAUGGAUAAGAUCUACAUCGUCAUGGACUACGUCGAGCACGACUUGAAGGGCCUGAUGGAGUCGAUGAAGCAGCCGUUCCUCGUCGGCGAGGUGAAGACGCUGCUGAUCCAGUUGCUGCGGGCAGUCGCCCACCUACACGACAACUGGAUUCUACACAGGGAUCUAAAAACUUCAAACCUCUUGCUCAGUCACAAGGGUAUUCUCAAGGUUGGCGAUUUUGGGCUGGCGAGAGAGUAUGGGUCACCACUAAAGCAAUACACGCCAAUCGUGGUAACACUCUGGUACAGAGCACCCGAGCUGCUGCUGGGAACCAAGACCUACUCGACGCCCAUCGACAUGUGGAGUGUCGGCUGCAUCUUUGCCGAGUUCCUCACAAUGAAACCCCUGUUCCCCGGAAAGUCGGAGAUAGACCAGCUGAAUCGCAUCUUCAAGGAACUCGGCACACCGUCUGAAAAGAUUUGGCCUGGCUACAGUGAGUUGCCAGCAGUAAAAAAGGUGACCUUUGCUAAUCAUCCUUACAACGCACUGCGAAACAAGUUUGGAUCUUACCUGUCUGACCAUGGGUUCGACUUGAUUAACAGGUUCUUGACCUAUGACCCGAAGCGACGGAUUUCGUCGGACGAGGCACUGAAACAUGCCUAUCUGAAAGAGUCGCCGCUUCCAGUUGACCCGUCGAUGUUUCCUACGUGGCCGGCAAAGAGCGAGCAAAUGCCACGCAAGCGGGGCAGCAGUCCGCCCCCGCCAUCUGGUGGCAAACUAUUCAAGGAUUUGGGUGCUGGCGAGGAUCUUCCCAGUGGUGGCUUCCAUCUCCCCGUCGCGACCCACGGCGUUUCCAAGCAGAGCAUCGGCUUCAAUCUCAAGUUCUGAGGUGCCGUCACGCCUCGCUGCGUUGCCGCGACGACUGCUCGAUCCACAGCCUCCCCGACGCCCGACUGUACUCACGUGCGGUGGGCGGAUUCAUGGAGAGACGUCAUCGGUUCACGUUCCCGUUUUUAUACGCUACGAAGUGCCUGAGCCAUCAGUAGCUAGGAGUCGCUCAGCCAGCGAACUGCUAUCGCCUAGGACAGUGUGGUGAGCAGGUGCGUCCGCAUUCUGCGUGUUCAUCGACAGUGUUUCUACGUAAGUGAGGGUUAGUGUAGUCACGUACGCGUACGGGGGACGACGGAAGAUGCAUGCAGGGUUACUCGUCAUCAUUGGUGUCACACGAUCUCUCUUGGUCAGAAUGGUGGUAACUGGAACCGAAUGCGGUAGGAUAUUUGUACUUUGGCAUAUGGUGAGGGCACAAUGUACUCUUGUGGGGGAAGGGAGGGUGUGUUAGGAAUUCCACCUUGCGCGAUAUUUUGAUGAUUAGGUGUUGCCGUGACGACAGCUGGCAG